GCGCCUCUAGAGUUAUGAGUUACAAAUAUUCUGAACAUCAACUAGUUGAAAAUGGCCGCUUAACAGUUUUCGUCAAAAUGUGUGAUACGAUAACGUGUGAAUUUACAAUGGAAUCUUACGAAAUUAUUGAAAAGUCGAAGGAAAUUAUUGUGCCUGAAGUAAUUAAAUUGAUCGAAAAUCCUUUGUUUAAAGGUGGAAAUUGUGAUACAGCGAGAAAACAAUUGUCAUAUUGUAAGGAAAAAUUCCUACGUGAUUGUAGUUGUCACAGUUGUGGAGGCUAUCUUUGUUCUAAACAAAGAACAUUUAUGAAAAAUAAAAUUGGUUGUAGAGGAAUACCAGUUUGUUGAGUAAGGUAUAUAAAUGAAAAUAUGUGGCCUAUUAGGGCUAUAGAUUGGUUUUUUAAAUUCAUUGUUUGUUGUUUAACAAUGAUUCUUGUUCCCUUGUAAGAGAUUUCAAUUUAAUGAAAAAUUUAUUUGAAAAAAUAACAAUAGAGAAGAUGUAUUCAAUGAACGAUACGUUAAAUGAUAAAAGAAACAUGUCGAAUCCAAAGAAAGAAAACAUGUUCUACAGUGUCUUGAAUGUUUUCAAUGUUUUGUGGGAACAAGUCUCCAAAGUUCCUGCAUCAUUUAUAACAAACAUUAAUUAUCCAUUAUCCGUAACAGUUGUGCACAAUGAAGGUAUUAUUUCGCCUGAAUUUUAUAAAAAUUUGACAACUAAAAAGGAACUACUAAAUAAUGAUAAUGUAUACAUUCAUAAUGCCCAAGUAAAAGAAUCUUUAAACAUUAUUGAAAGUAUUCAUCAUGAUGUAUGCGACGAACAGAAGUCUUACGUAGAUAGAAUUUUUAAUGAAAAUGCGAAAGAUAGUAUAAGAUUCAGUUAUAAGUGCACUGAUAAUGAAAAUAAGGACGCGAGAAAAUUUGAUGAAAAAAAAUCAAUCAUGAAGGAGAAUGUUAUAUACGAUACACCUAGAUCUAAUUACCUACUAUCAUUUGAAAAUUCAGAUAAAGUAGGAAAAGAGGAAUUAUUUGAAUGUAUUUAUCCGAAUACAGAUAUACAUAAAAUGUAUGACAAGGGUAAUGAUUAUAAUUGCGAAAAUAUGUACGAUACAAGUAUUGCUAACAAUGAACAGUUUUCUGAUUAUGUUAGUAACGAUAUGGAUGAUAGUACAUUCACAACUGUAGAAGCUAAUUUCUCACCAUCUAGUUCUAAUAUUGAAAAAAUACAGUCAAUUCCACAAUCAACAACAACAACAACGUCAAAUAUAAUAACAAAUAUGUGGCAAAAAGUUUUCGGUAGUGUAACAGGUCGAUUUUGUAGAAUAGAUCCAGAUGAGUCUGAUCUGUUAACGAAACGAUCAUGUUCGCCGAAGCAAAAAAGAAAAUUAAAUACCAUAGCAAAAGGCAGAGGUAGGGGCCGAGCUAAAUCACAGCUUAGACGUUCUGGAGUAAGCCAAACACGACAUAGAAAGGAGCGUACUAAACAUGAUCUCAAACUAGAUAUACAAAAUGAUUUAAAAAAUUGGGAAGAACUUGAAACGUAUGAUACAGUAGAAGACUGUUUCAAUUUAGAUGAAGAUACAGUGGAUGGAUUAGCACCUACACAGUAUAUUAUAAAAGAAACAAUUAAUCCGGCAACUUAUACGUUUGCUGAUGUACAACCUAAAAAACUUCAAAAACCAAAAACUCAUAGACACGUUGAUCAAAGAUCUAAAUUUUCUACAAAAAUAAGAAGUAUACACGAGUGCAAAAAAGACACUGGUACCUUUGAUCAGGAUUUUAUUAGGAACGAUUACAAUUUUCAAAAAAAUACUUUUCGGCCACGUUUAAUAUCAGAAAGUUCUAUAGAUUCAGAGGACAGUUACUGCAUAGUCUUUGAAACUGGUUCUGAAACUUAUGAAAGUGAUAGCGAGGAUACCGAGGACAGCGAAGAUGAAGAUAAAAAAUCUAUUAUUUCCGCUCAAAAAGUUAAAUUUAAUUUAAAUCCAGUUGUUCACGUAAUGGUACAGUGGGAUUAUGCGUAUCGCGCGGCUCGUAAAGGUCCUUGGGAGGAGAUGGCUAGAGAUAGAGAGCGGUUCAGAGGUCGUAUUAAUUGUAUAGAACGUGUUCUUAAUCCUGUUUUAACUGUUCAACACAGGACUCACAUUUGGCAAGAACGAUUCCAACAUAUUGAAUAAAAUUCAAUUAUUCAUAAUUUCAAGGUAACACUGUAUAGGAUAGGAGGAGAAGUGAUGUAUUAUCAUAGAAGAAAAUAUGCAUAAUAAGUCUUCCAGAUUGACAAACUAGGCUGUGAAUAAAUAGUGUAGAGCAUUUUGCUUUAAAUACAAUAUUGUUUAUAGUAGUUCAACUAAACUUUUUCAACUUAUCCUUUAAUAUUGAUUUAUACCACAUAUUUGUUUUCAUUAAAAAUUUAUGAAAGGAUAAACUUUAGAUUUCUUAAUCUUGGCUAGUCUAUUAUUUAUAAGUAUAUUUGGAAGUACUAAGGAUUAUAAAUUCUGUGGAUUGUGUUAGGUGAUAUAUACGAUUUUAAAAUACCAAAGUAUUAUUUACGAUUGUAUUAAACACGAUUAUAUGAACAGUGACAAUGUUUAUAAUGUUUUAUCGAGAAAAAAAAAAGAAAUUGAGAAUUUCAUGUUGUAUCACCUAACUUGGUUCAAAGUUGUACAUACAAAAAUAUUUAUGAAAUAAUAAAUAUUUAAGUUAUUUGGGUAAGAAAAUUACUUACUGAUACUUUUCAGAAAUGUUCUCUUUGAAAGAGAUGUACACAUGUAAGAUCAGUUUAAAUAAUUUUUAACCUAAGAUACCAUAUACAUAUAUAUGUAUGUAAAUAAUGCAUGUAUAUAUACUUUCAGUUAAAUUAUUCCAACUUACAUACAAUAUAAAUUAUAGGCAAGUUAUUUGAAUAAAACACUAGUCAUUAAAUGUAUACCCUACAAAUCUUCUUUGUUAGAUUAAAAAGUUUUACUGGAAGGCAUUCAUUAUUCAUAUUUCUCUUUUAGGAUAUAUGUCAUUAUCUCUUCUCCUACAUACCUAACAUUUUGUAAUAAUACCAAAAUCUUUCUACCGUGUUUUCGAUAACACAAUUAUGAAACAUAUGCAUUUUUUUAAAUACACGAAUGUAGAUUGUUCUAUUGAAAUUAAACGCGUUUAUGUCAAAUCUAUUAAUACAAAUAAUAGAUAUUUGAUUUUGUAUAAUGUAAUAAAAUUCUUUACAUCGAUAUUGUAAAGUGCACGGUAUGAUUCGCAUUAAAAACUGGAGAUUGUAAUAAACAUUGCACGUUAGAAUUUUAUGUAAAAAUAUUAACAUGUAUUGAAACAUGUAUUUAUAUUGUAUAAAAAUAUUCAGUAUGCUAUUUUAUCUUUUCUUUGAAAGAUUUCUUAUUGUAAAACCUGAUUUGAUAAUUGGGACAAUUAUAAAAUAUGAAUAUUAUGUUAGCACUUAAAUGAGUUAAUAUAUUUUUAUGUUAUGUAAAUGUUACGUUGAGAGGUAGGACUGUAUAAUAUUAGAAAUUGGUACUCAGUUCGAGAUUUAUUGUCCUAAUAAAUAAUAGGUUUUAACCCAAGUGUUUGUAGUUACCUAACAAUAUUUCAGUUCAUAAGUUAGCUAUUCUUAUUUCCAAUACAUACACUGCUGCUCAUAAGUCACCGGACCCUCUUUAAAAUAGAAAAUUCUUUUUAAAAUUGGACCAAAUUUAGUGUAUUAAUUUUUAUAGCUCUCAAAAAAUCUCAAGUUAUUAGGUCCAAUUUUAAAAAGAAUAUUCUGUUUUAAAGAGUGUCCGGUGACUCGUGGACAGCAGUGUGUGUAUAAUAAACACGUUAGAAUUAGAUUACCAUUCGAGCUUGUAUGUAUUUAAUUUGUAUCGUUAAGAAAAACUAGGAUUAACAUUUACACGCUGGAAACAAGAAUAACGUGGUAACAUGUAUUUAGGAUGUAAAAUAAAAUAUGUAUAUAUUCUA